CUGUCCCCGCUCAGGUUCGUUGAGGAGCAAGCCUGAGGCUGUGUUUUAUUUCGCUUAAAAAAAAAUUAAACAUUCUGUAGAAAAAGCGGAACGACUGGAGAGGGCUCCUCUCUGAACGUCCUCCAGACCCUCACUUUCGCUCUGAGCACCACACACUUAAGCCGGGAGGGUCCAGCAAUUAAGACCAAUUCAACAUUGAAGACAAUGGCUGUCCUGGCAACACUGGCCAGGGAAUGGAACUACGCAUGGGUUUGUCAGAGGCUUUGGUCAAGGCUCAAGAGCCCAACGGUAAAGUGAUGCAGAACAGCGGGGUUUGAGAGCUACUGGAGAAUUGGUCUCAAACCUCUAGAUCCCCAAGGCUUUAAGCCCUCAGAGGGGCUGCUAUCAAAUCUCCAGGAGGAGGGGAAUUGACUUUCUGCUGUUCCAGAUCCUCACCUCGGAUCUGGAGGCUAGAGACUUCGGCAGCAAGACCCAGUACUGAGCCAAUUGCAACUCCAGCAACUCCAGCAAAGGGAUUGAACUACACUAGUGGAAGAGAAUUCCCCAGAAGACUCUAUAAGCAGCUUGAUCUAGGUGGAGGAACUUGCAAACCACUUAGUGAAUUCACACCCUCAAAAACUCAGUCAGCCAGGAUGAGUAUUCACCUAUCCAGAACCUGAAUUUUAGAAAAUUCACACCCUUAGAUGAGAACUUAACCUUCAGAAGGUGAGAACUUAAGCUUCAGAGGUGAGAAGUCCAUCCCACAGACACUGCAGUGCUAGACAAUUUGGAAACUGUGAUUGGCCCCUGUGAAGAGGGACAAGGACAAGGAGCCAGCGUAAAUGUCACAAAAUCCUUUGAGAAGAUAGUUUGAAGAGAUUGUCUUUUGGAGAUAAUUUUCUGACUGGGGAGAGUCUUUGAGGAAGUUUCACUGGAGAUUUUGUUUUGGAUCCUGAGCUUGGAGCUAGGUUUCAACUUAGACUCUGACUCCUGGACUACUUCAUUGGAUUUCACCCUAAAACUGGCUCAUUACAAGUACAUAUGUAGAACAGAAGAAUUCAGACAAUCCUGCAGAGUUUGCAGUUGAAGUUCAGUGAACAUUCAAGAAUUCUAGUCCUUAGAUGAAGACCUAAGAGACCUAACCUCAAGAUCUCAGUGGUACAAUAAACUCCCCAAGCUGAACUUAAAGAAACUAAUGAAUACUUCUCAGCAAAUUGGGAGAAACAUAGAUAAAAAAUGUAGCACUGUUAACACAGAACCUAGAACUUUUCUUGGGCACAAUCACUCAAAUAAUGAAAAAGAAGAUGCCAUAGAUUCCCUUCCCUGUCAUCUUGUCCAUCUCUCACCUGGAACCAUUUCAGUGCUUGUCCAGAAGAUGUCUGUUCCUCUGGGCAUUAAUAAGGAAGAAUUAAUAGACACAGAAGAGGAAGAGGAAAAAGAUGGUGCAUUAAUGGUUGACAAUGGCACUAGAGAACAAAUACGUCAUGAAAUUUCCGAUACUCCCAGUGAACUUGAAGCUCACAGCCCAUCACAGAAGUGUGCUGUUGGAAAAGAUAUAUUAUCAGCAUUGCGAUUGGAAGAGGAGGAAGAUACAGACUCACCUUGGGAUUCAGAGUGUGGCUCUGAAAGCCUCCCCAAAGUAUCUGCAAGAAAUAUAUAUGCAGCCACCAAUCAAAGAAUAGUAGAAAGUAUCUCAAGGGGACAAGUUGAAGAUUAUCCUGAGAAAGAUCCCAAGUUGAAGCCCACUCAACCUAUUCUUGAAAUGAAAGAUUCUUUCACAAUCAAAAAAAAAGAAAAAGAAGUGAAGGAAAAGCAAAAAUCAGAUUUGCUGGAAGAAUUUGAUUUAGAUGGUGCAGAUGACAAUAAUGGUAUUUUUGCUUUUUAUUCCUUCUUAAACAGUAUGAGAACAAGUGAAUUUUAAAAAUUCCACCUAAUAAAAGUCUCUAGGCUUUUA